AUGUAUUCAGCGACGCCAGGGUACCCUCCCUGGCAGUCGAAUGGCCACUACAUUCCACCACCAAAUGCUUACACUGCAGUACCCGCGCGGCAGACAUUUGCGCCUGGAACGCUGCCACCACCACCUCCUACAUAUCAUCCGCCUCCAUUUGGUGCGCAAGCGCCUAACCCACCUCCGUCCUUGUCGCAAGCCGCAGCGCCAUCGCCAGCUAAGAAACAGUGGUCGCCUGCAAUCCGUGACUACGUUAGCCGGUCGUUUGCACAAGAAAAUGCUAUUCCAGAAGUCUCUAAGCCGGAGUUAGAAGUCAGACUCAGAUCCAUCAUCACCGACAUGGCCGCUUCAGGUCGUCUUGAUACGAUAGAUUGGCCAAAUUAUCCUUUACCCCAGCAGAUAAUCAUGGAGGAAAGAACUCGUGCUGCUACUACACCUUUUGUUGUCGCGUCCAAUUCUACCUCGAAUCAAUCGAGCUCCCCUAGUACCAACGGCCAUCGUUUCCCUUCGACAACACCUAACCGUAAACGGAAGUCAAAUGACAUGUCGGACGAGCCUGAUGUGCAGACUACGCAGCCGCCGUGGCAGAAAAACAACAAGGCUUCAACAGGUCUCGCAGAUCGUGUCUCCUUUGCUCCUGUGGACAAACGUCAAAAGAUGGAAGAGCCCAAAGCGAUGAGUAAGUUAAAUCUGGAAGCCCGUAAGAAGAGGUUCGAUGCCGGUCGUUCUGGAUACGCUUCGCCCACCACGCCCCAUACACCCCACAGCAACUCUCCGGAACCAGAACAAGUAGGACCAAUCAUAGGACGGUCACAGAAGCUGGAAAAGAACUACUUUCGUCUCACAUCUGCUCCAAAUCCGGAUGAUGUACGACCGCUCCCCAUUCUCAAACAGACUCUUGAGCUCCUCAAGAAAAAGUGGCGAAGCGAAAGCAACUAUGUCUACAUUUGUGAUCAAUUCAAGUCGCUACGACAAGACCUGACAGUGCAACACAUCAAGAACGACUUCACAACUAUGGUCUACGAGAUUCACGCCCGGAUAGCACUAGAGAAAGGCGACCUCGGUGAGUAUAAUCAAUGCCAGACACAGCUACGGGCAUUGUAUAAGCUGGGCCUUGGGGGUCGACCAGUGGAGUUCAAAGCGUACCGGAUUCUCUAUUUCAUUCACACAUGUAACAGGACUGACAUGAACGACGUCCUCUCCGAAUUAACCCCAGCAGACAAGAAAGAAGACGCAAUCAAGCAUGCCCUCGACGUGAGAUCAGCCCUGGCCCUCGGCAACUAUCACAAGUUCUUCCAACUGUACCUGAAGGUCCCUAAUAUGGGUGCAUACCUGAUGGACAUGUUUGUGGAACGCGAGCGUCUAGCUGCUCUUGCUCGAAUGUGCAAAACGUACAAGCCAGACGUCAAGCUGCGAUUCGUGACCGAAGAACUCGCCUUUGAGACCGACGAAGAAGCUGCACAAUUCGUUCUCGAGCACGGCGGCGAUGGUGCCGCUGACCUUCUAGAAGAGAAGGAUGGUCAUGUCCGCCUCGCAACAGGCAAGAUGAGCCAAGUCAUUGAAAGCGCCAGGGCUGCAGCAUUCCGAUCAGUCGACAUCAAAGGCCAAAUUUGA